UGAAGUUGUUCCAGUCACUGAGUGGUCAUGAUAGGUGUGUGAGCUCUGCAGGGGAACUCCUUAGCUCUGCACCACACACGCUGCCAAGGACAAGCUUUAAAGAAAUUGGAAGAGAAAUAAGGUCAUUGUAAGGGAAUAACCUGACAAUAUUAUAGAAUAAUGAUGAGUAUGAUCCGGCUCUUGUCUGAGCCCUGGCUCUUUCUGACCAUGUUCCAAGUAGCUAUGGGAUCCCACCUCAAGGAGAUGAAGAUUCCAGAGAAGCAUCACCACAAGGUCCAGCAUGGACACUGUAGCUAUACAUUUCUAUUACCAGAGAUUGACAAUUGCCACCCACCUCCUUCUGACUUCCAGGUCUCCAACUCCCUGCAGAGGGAUUCUCCCCCGCAGCAUGAGACUCAGUGGCCCAGCAAAAGGCUGCAGCAGCUGGAGAGCGUAAUAGAGAACAAUACCCAAUGGCUUCAAAAGCUGGAAAACUACAUUCAGGACAGUGUGAGAGCAGAACCAGGAGAUGUGCAGAAUUUAGCUGUACAGAAUCAGACUGUCACAAUGUUGGAAAUUGGAACCAAUCUAUUAACACAAACAGCAGAGCAGACAAGGAAGUUGACUGACGUGGAAACACAGGUCCUAAACCAGACAACAAGGCUGGAAAUUCAACUUCUGGAGAAUUCUCUAUCCACUAACAAACUGGAAAAGGAGUUGCUGAUGCAGACCCAUGAAAUAAGCAAACUGAGAGAAAAAAAUAGCCUCCUAGAGGGUAAAGUCCAGGCGAUGGAAGAAAAACACAGGGAGGAAAUAGAAGGAAUCAAAUCUGAGAAAUUGCAAGUUGACGAGCUACUUUCAAAGCAGAGUAGGAUCAUUGAUGAUCUAGGGAUGCAGCUCACCACGGCAACUGUAAACAACAGCAUGUUACAGAGGCAGCAAGCCUUCAUUAUGGAGACUGUCAGCCAAUUGGUCAGCCUGGUUUCACAGUACAAUGAUAUUCCUGUAAUUCCUAAAGAAGAGCAACUGACCUUCAGAGACUGUGCAGCUGCUUAUAAAGCCGGCCUAACUUCUUCUGGAGUCUAUACAUUGCACUUCUACAAUUCUACAAACACCAUCAAAGCGCUUUGUGAUAUGGAGACCAGUGGAGGAGGCUGGACUGUUAUACAACAUCGUAAAGAUGGAUCUGUGGAUUUCCACCGGCUCUGGAAGGAGUACAAAGAGGGUUUUGGAUCUACUACCACCGAGUACUGGUUGGGAAAUGAGUUUGUACACCAACUUACAUCUCAAGGCUCUUAUAACCUGCGUAUUCAACUAAGAGAUUGGGAUGGAAAUGAAGCAUACUCCCUGUAUGACUACUUCUCUCUAGGCAGCGAGGAACUUAACUACAGGUUGCAGCUCAAAGGAUACAGUGGGACAGCAGGGAGGACGAGCAGUUUCAGCCCCACGGGGACAGAUUUUAGCACCAAGGAUGUAGAUAAUGACAGGUGCAGCUGCAGGUGUGCUCAGAUGGCCACGGGAGGCUGGUGGUUCGAUGCCUGUGGUCCUUCUAAUCUGAAUGGCAUCUACUACCCAGGUGGUCCCAGUACAGCAAAGUAUAAUGGAAUUAAAUGGCACUACUGGAAGGGGCCAAGCCAUGGCAUAAAAUCAGUCACUAUGAUGAUCCGCCCCACAGACUUUUAAUAUUGCUAAGAGACUACAUUUGGACAUGUGAAGUUCAUGACUUGGGUAUUUUAAACAUGCCUGACCAAGCAACAGACCUGUGUCAGGCAUUGACAUCUCUCUCUAGCUUUUUGGGCACUUAGGUCAACAAAAUGAAGAUUCAGCCCCAACACAUAGUCCUCAACUGCUUACAACUAAAGUAGUUGCCAUGGGAAGCUUUCUUCAGUGUAAGCAACCGCAGAUACUGGAACUCAAUAUGCAUUUGAAGUUCUACCUAGCUUGAGUCUGAAUUUUACACAUUAAGACAUGAAUCUGUGGAACCAUCACCCAUUAAACUAAAGUUUCAUUCACUUAUGGAUGAAUUAAAAUUCAAUGUCACUCAGACACAGUAUGAUUUAUAUACCAAUUAAACGUAUUUAAUGGUAGCCAUCUUGCUUAUUUGUAAUCAGCUCCCUUCAGCAUGGUUUUAUUGGACUAACAUUCUUGCAAUAUGAAUUCCUUGUAUUAAAAGGAGAAGACGAGGUCAACAUCUUGUAACUUUUUUUUUUUAAACCAAUUCAGAAAUGUCUGUGCAUCUGUAGACUUGCAGAUGGAGUGCAACAAAAAAGAUCCUGUGUAGGGUCACAAUUUGUCUCUCUAUGGACCUAAAGUUAUAACUAUUGGUCACAUCCUUCCUGUAUAUCACACAACCAAGUAUAUUUAAUCCAUCCCAAUGAGAUAUGUUGACUUAUUAUGACCCAUACUGAAUAUUCUCAAAGGACAGUGUUAAAACCUGGUGCUGGAGGCUACAUUUUAGCUGCGAUUCCCAAGGGAUCCAUAAGAACUGAGUUUUUCUUCCACACUUUCUCCAUUCCUUCAAAAUUGUUAUGUGCAUGUGAAGCUGCUGAGCAGCUGUGUAACCCGUUUUCUUCCCAUAGUCAGUCUUUUUCUUGGACAUUUCAUAAUAAAUUCUUUAAAAAAAACAGCUAUGAAGACCAGGGUUGUCAAGCAUGGAAGUUUAAAAAAAAUCUAUAAACCACUUAUGUUUAUAAUUGUUGUUUAGGAUAAUUGUUAAAUAUUACAUAGGAAAUGAAUUAGUAUUAAUUAAUUAAUUGAACUGUAUAUACUACUCAAUUUUAGAACAUUUGGUACAAAUAAAUACGCUUAACCCCUUCUUAGGCCAUAAUAGCUUGGGUCUUGCCACCAGCGGCACGCUAUUAUGGCCCUACUCUUUCCAGCAGGCCAUGCGCUUUAAAAAAUGUAAGCUCCAUAGAAAGACCAGCGACGUAUAGGGUACAUUGGUGGUCCUUAAGGGGUUAAAGGACCAUUAAAUUAGUAGAAUUGCAUAAUCAAAAAGUGCAUAAUAAAAAGACAAUGCGCUUACUCUGAAUUUUAAAUAAGCAGUAGAUUUUUUCUAACAAACUUAAAAAUGUAUUUCAAUUUGCCACCCCCUGUGUCAUGUGACAGUCAUCAGCCAAUCUCAGACUUGUAUACAUAUACACUGGGAACUCUUAUAGAUGCUCAAUAUGGUGCAUAAAAAAAGACUGUGCACAAUUUGAUAAGUAAAGUAAAUUGGAAAACGUCAUACUCUGUGGCAUAUUUAUCAAGCUCCCUUGAAACAGAAGUUAUCAAGAAGUUAUGAAGUGGCGUUUUAAAGACCGCUGCUCCAUAACUUGUCCGCCUACUCUGAGGCGGCGGACAGAAAUCAACCAGAUCAAAUUUGAUCGGGUUAAUUGACACCCCCUGCUAGCGGCCGACUGGCCGCGAAUCUGCAGGGGGUAGCAUUGCACCAGCAGCUCACAAGAAUUGCUGGUACAAUGAUAAAUGCCGACAGCAUAGGCAUUUAUCGAUGGGCAGCGGACAUGAUACGUUACUUCAUAUAAUGUCUGCUCGCACAUUGUUAAAUAUGCCCCUCUAUCUGAAUCAUGAAAGUUUAAUUUUUAAUUUAGUGUCCCUUUACUUACCUAAUAAAAAGUGUGGACUUGUUUUUUUGGCAACAGUUUUGACUGAUUUCUGCCCAGUGGUACUUUGGGCCACAGUUUGAGCGGCCCUGAUUUAUGUGCUUAUAUUGCUUGGUUACCUUUAAAUAAAUAAAUAAUAGUCACAAAUUCCUUAUAGCUUUUUAAAGUAAUUUGAAAACAAAUGUUACUUUUGUUUACAUAUAUAAAACCAUUUGCCUUAUGAAGUAAAAUUGAAUAUAUUGAAUACUGAGACUAUCUUCUAAAAUAUUAUAUAUAUAUAAUGUAAUAUUCUAAUAUCCUAUCAAAAUCUGAUUUUUUUAAUAUGUUUUUUGCAGAGUAAUCUUGGGCAGUUUUCGAGGGAGCAUAUUCUUAAUGUAGAGACGCAAUCAUACCACAGAGUCCUUUUUAUAUGAUGACAUUGUAUUCAAACAUUUUCUAUCACCCAUAUGAAAGAACAGUAUUUAAACAUGUACAUAUUUUCACCUGAAAACAAUUGUUAAGUGAAAGCUGUUUACAUUUAAAGGGACUUUUUUAUGUAUGCAUUAGAGAUUAUUCACUAUUUGCAUUGCAAAAGAUCUGUUUGCUGCAUAAAUAUUUUAAAAUAAUUAAAAUUUGUAUUUUUUUACACCCCUUGAAAAACCUUUUGAAUAUUUGUUCAACUUCCUUUGCUUUUGUGGCCAAUUAGGGACAGAUAUAAAUUAGCUCCUGUAUCAACCAAUCACUGUGCAGCAUGUAGGAAUGUCAGGGUUCUGCAUUCCACGGAAUACACUAUAGCCUCUUUGGGGAGAGUUGAAAAGCUACAAUUUGUAAUUAUGCAUAAUAACUAUCUUAUGGGGAAUCACAUUUUGAGUUUCUUAAUCCUUUAAUCUAAAAUGAAUAUAGCCAUAUCAGUUUUGUAUUUCCUGUCAAUAAACAUUUGUACAGAUCA